AAAAUUUUGUUCGUCACAUCGUCUUAUCUUUUUGGGUCACACUCCCUUCCCCUCUCUCUCUCUCUCACCUUUUCUCAGGUAAACCGAAAAGGCAAAUUAAAAAAAAACCGAAAUACUCGCGAAGCAAACGCCGCAGCUGCCCCCCUCCCAUCCGAGUCGACUCAGCCUCAACUCGCUUGCUCACCUUCUUCUUCUUCUCUCUUUCUGCACCAUUUCUCACAUUCCAAUCAAUCGAAACGUUUCGUCUAAUUCAGCAUCUUUCAAUCCAUGGCGGUGUCCCUUCUCCAAUUUAGAAAUUCGAAGCUCGAUUGAUAAACCUAGGUAUUGCGAUUAAUCAAACAAUUGAAAAUUUGGGGAUUUUUUUUAUGAUUGCCGUAUGAUUGGGGGUUUCUUUGAUUUUGCGUGUUAAAUGCGACUAAGGGUUUGAUGAAUUAGGGUUUGUAGCUGUUAAUUUUGUCGAACGGAAGGAGUUUGAUUUUUGAAGCAUUUGGAAAAGAAGCUGGGAUUAUUGAAUUAUAAUCGGUAGGGUUUAUUUCGCUGGAUACAAUCACGGGGAAGAUAGGUGUAGGUUCAGGGGGAUAAUGUGUAUGUUCUGUGUGAUUCAGAAGUGGUCGCGCAGGGUUGCUACUAUGCUGCCUUGGUUAGUCAUCCCGCUUAUCGGGCUAUGGGCUUUAUCUCAACUCCUACCGCCCGCUUUUAGGUUCGAGAUUACAUCCCCGAGAUUGGCUUGUGUGUUUGUAUUGUUGGUUACCUUGUUCUGGUAUGAGGUUUUGAUGCCACAGUUAUCUGCUUGGCGGGUGAGGAGAAAUGCCCGUUUGAGGGAGAGAAAGAGGAAUGAGGCGUUGGAGUUGCAGAAGCUGAAAAAGACUGCUACUAGGAAGUGUAGGAACUGCUUGACACCUUAUCGGGAUCAGAACCCGGGUGCAGGGAAAUUCAUGUGUUCGUAUUGUGGGCAUAUAUCAAAAAGACCGGUUCUUGACUUGCCUAUCCCUCCUGGUAUUUCAAAUUCUGGAAUUAUUAAAGAAUUGUUUGGUAAGGGUGGAAAGAUAUUGAAUGGGAAGCCCUGGUCGGAUAAUAUUUCGCCCUGCAGUCAAGAAUGGAUAGAGAGUGGGAAUUGGAUAGUUAAUGGCUCUUUUCCUGUUAAGUCUUCUUUUUCGCCACGAAAGAAUGGUGUUGGAUUGUUCGGCAGAAGUGAAUCAUGCCUUGUAGAGAAGUCUUAUUCAGGUGUAUACCUUUUCCCUUGCAGACUCUUGACGUCGUUUUUGCUAAGUAUAAGGUGGCUUUGGAGAAAGCUUUUUAGGAUUAGCUCCUCAGAGGAUUCCUCAUCAGAUGCUGAUCAUAGGGGGAUGAUCAAGAAGGGUGAGAAUGGUAUCACAGGUCAUGAGAGCAGAGGUGAAAAAGCUCGCCGUAAAGCUGAAGAGAAGAAGCAAGCUAGAAUAGAGAAAGAACUCUUGGAGGAGGAAGAAAGAAAGCAAAGGGAGGAGGUGGCCAGAUUGGUUGAAGAGCGCAGGAGGUUGAGAGAUGAAAAGAUAGAAGCUGAGAAUCGUGCUAAAGGAACCUCCUCGUUGAAGGAGAAAGAUAGUAAGAGGGAAGCUGAGAAAAGGCGUCAGGAACGGAGAAAGGAAAAAGACAAAGGAUCUAGUAAAAGUAACUCUGAUGUGGAUGAGUUGGAAAAGAAACCGGGGAAGGAAAAUGACAGGAAGCGGGAAACUGAAAGAAAAAAUGAAACUGACCGACGCGAUUCUCCAAAAUCUGGGGUAGAUGGUGUGAAGGGUCAGUACACUGAGACCGGUUAUGGAGCAAAGGGUAAUUCUACAAACAAUUUUAGUAGAGGGAAUGUUGGUGCUAGAUAUUUUGAUCGCAUGAGGGGUACUUUUUUGUCUUCUUCAAAGGCAUUAACUGGCAGUGGUUUUUUUGGCAAAGCCCCAUCUGCCUUUCCUGCUUCCAAAGAAUUCAAGCCCAAUGGUUCUGUUGAAUGUUCCGUAGUAUCAAACAGCAAACGUGAUUCUAUUCCACCAGAGCGUCUGCCUGGAAGAACUAUUAUGACUGUAGAUGACACAAGCAAUAUUCAACCUGUCACUUCAGAUAUGCAGCUUAAGACACAACCGAAGUCAUGGCAACAGUUAUUUACUCAAAUUCCACCCUCUCAUCCCAAUGUAAUUAGCAGACCAAGUGGAAAGUCUCAAGCAGCAGGAAGUGCUCAGCUACCUUGCUCAGUAUCCUCUGCACCGCUUUAUGAUAACCCAAUUAAUUUGCCAUCUCCAUUUAUGCUUCGCUCUUUUUCAAGUGGGCCACUGACUAAUAGUUCUAGCCUACCUGUUGCAAAGGAUCCAUUCUUUCCUAGUGUUUUGGACAAGCCUCAUGAUUUUUUCCCGGAAGAGCCAGAGCUGUUCGAGGAUCCGUGUUAUGAACCUGACCCUGUAUCACUUCUUGGGCCUGUUUCAGAAUCGCUUGAUAAUUUUCAGCUGGACCGUGGCAGUAGCUUUGUAAAAGAUGGAAUUGGAAAAUCUUGUGCUAUGGUCAAUGUUUCCACUCAUUUGGAUGUCACUAGGCCUUCUCCAAUCGAAUCUCCAUUGUCGCGACUGAGAGUUGCUGAUGAAAAGUCGAAUAACCAUAGCCACUUCUCUAGUAGUCCAAGGGCCCUUGAUAUGCACUUUUUUCCAGCUGCUGACUUGAAUGAUAUUAGUGAUAAGGGAACAUGGCAUAUGUGGAAUUCUUCCCCACUUUGUCCCGAUGGGUUAAGCAUGGUAGGUGGUUCUGCCAGUUGGAUUACACCUCUAGAGCGAAGCAGACUGAACAAUGACGACAUGAUGCAUCAAUCAACGCAGAAGUCUACGGCUUCUUUGUUUGCAAAUGAGGGUCAUAUUGUUUCUGGAACACAUUCUCCACAGAAGAAUCUCAUGGGAAAUGGUCAAUGUUUUAGUGCCUUUGGUGCCUCUGUUCCUAGCUCUAAUGAUCAAGAUCAAUGGCAGAACGCUUUUUUUCCGCCACUGUAUAGCAGUGAAAGCAAUUUUCCUAUUAGUCCUUCUGAAGAAGCUUCUGAGAAAAACAUUUUUUUUGGAAGUCCUAGCAGGGCUGCAGCCAAUGCUCUUGAUCCAUCCACUGCCAGCUGGUCCAAGAAUGAAUGGUCUGUUCAGGAAACCGGAGAAGGCGUUACAAAUCCAUCUGUUGUCAAAUCCCCGUAUGGUGGCUUAUAUUCACCCCCAGAUGUACAGUCUCUUUGGUCAUUUGGAUGAUAAUUUUAAAAACAAAAAAAAGAACAUAAAAAAAACAAAAAGAAGAAAACUUACGAGGGUACUUUUUAGUAUACAUGUUCUUGACAAUGUUUACUUACAUUAGCAAUGGGUUAGGAAUACAAAAAAGGGCAUGCAUGCUUUUAGUGCAUCCGCGGGAAAGAUGACUAGUUUUGUCCCUUCCCAUGUUCAUCGGUUUAUAUUCCAUGUCUAUGAGCAUGAAAGUUCUUAUUUGUUCUGUUA